AUGAACUUGCUUCUAGCCGACCCCGAGGAGGCGGUCGAGUACAUUGAGCAAAUCACAAACACAAACACUAUCCGCUCUGGCCACGCGACAUGCCUGCGCUUCAACAGGACGGGCGACUUCCUCGCCUCCGGUCGCGUCGACGGCACCCUGGUUGUCUGGGAUAUUGAGACUAUGGGCGUUGCAAGGAAGAUGCGCGGCCACAACAGGAGCAUCACGUCGUUGAGUUGGUCGGGAUGCGGCCGCUACCUGCUAUCUGCGUGCCAGGGCUGGAAAGUCAUUCUUUGGGACCUGCAAGACGGGACAAAGUAUCGCGAGGUGCGCUUCAGAGCGCCGGCGUACAUUGCCGAGCUGCACCCACACAACCACAAUCUUUUUGUCGCGUCGCUCUUCGAAGCCCAACCCAUGCUUGUCGACGUUACCGAGCCCGUCGAAGUCAAACAUGCCCCUGACCCUCUAUACCGAAGCGAUCAAGCGAGACGAGACGAUGCGCUGGCAGAGAGCAUGCCAGAGACGCGAAGGGACGACGACCGUGACCAUCUUCACAGCAUCGGAUCGGGCGAGACCUUUUGGUCAACUCCCAAGACCGAAAGGUCCGAACGUUCUAUGUACCCGACCUCAACGCUAAACACCCUCGACGUCGAUACCCUCUACCUGAUUAAGGAGCACGAGUUCGAGGAUCAAGUCAACAGAUUGUCGUGGAAUCACGUCACAUUUACGGCGACAGGGGAAUAUGUGGCGGCAUCCACUUACAACAAUCACGAAAUCUACGUGUGGGAGCGUCGGACAGGAAGUCUAACGAGAAUAUUGGAUGGCCCGAAGGAGGAACAAGGUGUCAUAGAAUGGCACCCGCAACGUCACUUUCUGGCAACCUGCGGCCUCGAGACGGGCAGGAUAUAUGUCUGGUCCAUCGUACCCGAGCAAAAAUGGGCUCGACUGGCACCCGAUUUUGCACAGGUGGAGGAGAACCAAGAAUACGUCGAGCGUGAGGACGAGUUCGACAUAUACGGACAGGAGGAGCUAACAAAGCGACGGCUGGAUGCUGAGGAUGAGGACGUCGACGUCGUGACCCCUUAUGAGAGCGGGGCUCUGGAGCAGCAAAACGCAGGCGAGGGAGGGCGCCAAGGUAAAUUUCGGAUGCCCAUCCUGUUUGACCUUGCCGAUAGCGACAGCGAGGAGGAGUUCGUGGCCGUUUCGACCGGCACUAUGCGUAGGAGAAGCCCCGGUGCGGAUGGCGAGAUACUCGAUGACAUGUCGGCGGACAAGAAAGCGCCGGCAAAACGGCGGGGUGCCAAGGGGCGGAAGAAAUAG